AAAGCGUUACUAUUGUUUACAAUCAGAAAAGGAAACAACGAAAUAACAAAAUAAAAAAUUGAUCUUCAAGGUGGUAUAAAAAUAAGUUAUUUAAUUUGCAGACCACAAAAUGGACCUUGGGAAAUGCUGCUUUAUUGAUCCGCAGGCCCAGCUAAAAACCGCAUUGGCCAACCAAGACAUCCGGUUGUUCAUCGCAGUUCUGAGCAGCGGUGCCCAAAUCGAUCCGGGGGAUUACGAUAAGAUACUCUCCACACCUGGUUCCCAGGACUUUAUAGAGGCCUGCGCGGCUCACGGCGGUCUGUUUAACGAUAACUCUGUCAUACAUGCGGCCAGCUCACUGGAUCCCGACAAUUUGACGGCACUACUGAAAUUCCGACCGGAUAACGUGGACUUUAAGGACAGACAACUCACGCCACUAAACUCGCUGGCCAAGAUUCUGACGGAGGAGAACGCCUCAUCGGUGCUAUCCUGCAUGAAGCUGCUGCUAGACUACGGCGCCUCGCCGAACAUCCCCGACGAUAGAGAAUUUACCCCCCUGGGUUAUAUUCUGUCGAAGAACAAGGUAAGGGAGCACAAGGAGCUGGUUCAGCUCUUCCUGAACCAGCCAAUGCUGGAUAUCGAUAGCCUCCGUUACGGAGAGGUGCGCCAACUGCUGCAGGUGCACUUCCCGGAGCUCCCACUUCCGGAAGAGCGCCAGAGAACAGAGAUGGAUAUAAACAGACUCCUCAAAACUCUGCGCGGCGGAGACGAGGCUUUGUUUGAGAAGCAGUUCGCCGAGUACAAGGAAUUAGCCCAUCAGAAAGAGGAGUACCAUGAUAUGCUCAAGGAGAGUAUUAAGUUGGGCAGGCAGAGAGCCAUCGAAAUCAUCCUGGCCAAUGGCAUCGACUUCAAAGAGUCGGACUUCCUCGGAAGAGCCAUAUAUUGGGGCAACUGGAAGGCGCUGGAACGACUGCUGGCGGAGCCAAACUUUUGCCCGCACGCACAUUUACAAACAAACGAAAUCUGUGCACUGAUCGAUUUGUCAGUAGAGAGUUCCAAACAUCAGCGCUGCUUUGAUGUGCUGAUGGCCUCCAAACUUGUGGAUAUUAAUAUGCCUUCCUCAGGAUGGCGUACACCCCUUUGCUUUGCGGGGAUGACCGGCUGCACGCUAGCGAUGCAGAAACUCUUAAAGCGUGGCGCCUAUAUUGGCUCUCGGACCCAUCCAAAAUCGUUGCCGAUUGAACACAUUCCACAUGAUGUGCUCGAGGAGCACUUCAAUUCCUGUAUCACAUUAAACAAUUAUGGUCCCUUUAACCAAAUCUUUGAAAUCAACAUCGACUUCAGAAACCUGUUACUUUACGGAGCUCAGGAUGGUCCAAUUUCCGAACCAUAUAAUACGCGGCACGACGAGAUGGCCCCAAUCGCUUUUAUGGCCAAAUCCAAGGAGUUGCGCCACCUUCUGCAGCACCCGCUAAUCUCGAGCUUCCUCAUCCUCAAGUGGCGGCGUCUCUCGAAGAUCUUCUACCUAAACUUACUUCUCUACUCGCUAUUCACCGUUUCCAUUGUCACCAACACACUCCUCAGAAUCAACGACAGCGAUCACAGUGCUCUCAUCACCCUAACCACUGUUUUUUCCUAUCUGGGAAUCGGCUAUCUCACUAUUCGGGAGUCCAUCCAGUUGUUCCUUAUGUCUGGAUUUCGAUAUUUUUGGUCCAUAACCAACAUGAUGGAGUGCUUUCUGAUACUAAUGUCGACCUGUACCUGGUUGGAGUUCAAUGAUAAGGAGACGCAGCGCGUCCUGGCCGCCUUUACCAUUUUGUUCGUCUCCAUCGAGUUCUGCCUGCUGAUGGGCUCUCUGCCAGUGCUCUCCAUUUCGACGCACAUGCUCAUGUUGCGCCAAGUCUCAAUCACUUUUUUGAAGAGCUUCGGCUUAUACUCGAUCUUCGUGCUGACCUUCAGUAUCUGCUUCCACAUACUCUUUCCUACGCCGCCGGUGCAGGACAAUGUGGAUCCUUUGAAAGAGGGAAAGGAGGAAUUUGACUUUGCCAAACCCAUCGUGGCGCUCACUAAGACCAUUGCGAUGAUGACUGGCGAGCUUAAUGCUGGAGACCUUGAGUUCACUAGUAUCUCCAGCUACUUGAUAUUUCUGUUCUUUGUGUUGUUUAUGACGAUUGUGCUUGUCAACCUGCUAAACGGUCUAGCCGUGAGCGAUACCCAGACUAUCAGAGCGCAGGCGGAGUUAAAUGCAGCCAUCGUGCGCACCAACGUGCUGUGUCGAUAUGAAUUGAAUGAGACUGACUACGUAAUUGAUGAGCUCCUGAAGAGCAAUUAUCGGAUUCUGAGAAUCGUCGGUCAGAUGCUUAGAAACAUCGUCCCCAGAUACCAGAUCCCUCGCCAGGUUUCCAUAUUCCCGAACAUGGACAACAGCGAUAGUGGUAAUGAUAUGGCCGAGGUUCUGAUGGCAAAUGUGAUUCAUCUGCGCAACGGUGGGACGACCGGUCGGUUCAAGAGCAAAAGAGGCAGAAGAAGGAAGUGGUGUCCUUCACCGUAAACGUAUGGAACGGCAUAGUGCCAUAAGGCAAAACUCAUGCGAGGGUCCAAGAAGGAUAAUUAGGAAACUAUCAUUAAUUAAAUUAUCUAUUGACUCCAGAGGUGAUAGAUGCAUUUAGUCCUUAAUUCAAGAACCGCUACCAUGUAUUCCACUUUGAAAAACCGAAAUUUAGCAUAUUAUACGAGAAAGCGACAUAGUUUUUACCACAAGCAAAGGCGAAGUCAAAAAAUAUUUGUCUUAUUAUUUAUUUUACUGAAAUGUCCUAUAUUCAUACUAUAUAAUUUUCGAAAUUUGCACUGCAUAUGUAAUUAAUAUUUAAUGUAAUAUGUAAUUAUUAAAUUCAGCAGUGCCAUUAAGUCAUUACGUACCAAUUCUAAGAUCUAUUUUAUAUUUAUUUACAUUUUUUCUAUUUUUAUACUCUUAUUAGUGAAGGAGACAUUUUCGACCCUAUAAAGUAGAUAUAUUCUUGAUAGGCAUCACAAGUAUAACUUUGUUGUUUCUAAUUUUUUUUUGUUCUUUGGAAUUUACGGUUUUAAUUAGAUUUAAAUCAUAUAGCUCCCAUUAAAAUAAAAAAAUUGUA